UCCAUCGACAGAGUGAGAGCUCCAAUCUGUUUCAUUUCCUCACCCUCUCUUUGUGAUUGACACCGGCGAUGGUGAAUGAGCCUUACUCCUCCUCCUCCGUUCAAGUAGCUAUGUGGAUGUUUAAGAAAUCUCCCUCCCUUAAAUUUUUUCUUCAAUUUCUCCAGAACCAAUUAGGAGGCAGAGAGUGAGCUUGGUCUUUCAUUCUCCGUGCUUCCUUCUCUGCCCUUUUUCUUGUUCACUGCUGCCAACCAUGAGAGUACAAGAGUUCUAUUCCUUCAUCUUCAUCCGAGUAGCAGAGGGAGGGUGCGUCGAUCUACUCUGCAUAUUCUCCUUCAUCUCUUUUUCUCCUUUUGUUUUUUUCCUUCUGUCGCUGGCAAGUGUGAGUGGAGGAGCAACAACUCAGCUCGUCGUCAUUACAGACUUCUAUUUUAUCUUUCCCUUGCUUCACGAUGCUGCCUUAAGAUUAAAAAGUUAUGGAUAAAGAAUGGAUGUCUGCCAAUCGAUUAAAUAAAGAGUAUUUGAAUGGUGUGAAAGAGUUUAUGAGGUUUGCUCUUGAGCAUGUAAAAGACCCUAGAAGAAUAGUGUGUCCUUGUGUAAGAUGUGGUCUUUUGAAGCAAAUUAGUGCAUCUGAGUUGGAAGACCAUUUAGUGUGCUAUGGAAUUGAUGAAAAUUACAAGUGUUGGCAUAAGCAUGGAGAGACUAGAGAGGAUGAGUUUACUAGUAAUUGGGAGUAUAAAGGAAACGUUGAAUCAAAUGAUUAUGACACAGAUACUUAUAAGGGUGAUUGUCUUGAAGAGAUGGCCAAUGCAAUUGAAAGGGAACUUGAGGAUUGUCUUGAAAUGUUAGAGAUGUUGAAAAGUGAUGUAGAGAAACCCUUGUACGCUAGUUGCACUGAAUUCACAAAGUUAUCGGCGAUGCUGAAAUUGUACAACUUGAAAGUGAGCAAUGGAUGGAGUGAUAAGAGCUUCACAGAAAAUCUUACACUUAUAAAACAACUUCUACUUGCGAACAAUGAGCUUCCAAGGAUUAUGUAUGAGGUAAAACAAAUGCUACGCUCAAUUGGCAUGAGUUAUAAGAAAAUACACGCCUAUCCUAAUGAUUGCAUAUUAUUUAAAAAUGAAUAUGCAUCAUUAAUGAAAUGUCCAAAAUGUAAUGCCAUGCGCUACAAAGAGAAUGGGAAGAGUCCAAAGAAGGCGUUAUGGUACUUUUCCAUUGUACCUAGAUUUAGAUGGUUGUACAGUAGUGCAGAGGAUGCAAAAAAUUUGACAUGGCAUGGGGAUGAACGGAUCAAAGAUGGGAAGCUUCGACAUCCAGCUAACUCUUCUCAAUGGAAAAAAAUUGAUCUUGAUUAUCCUGACUUUGGAGUAGAAGAUAGAAACCUUCGCCUCAUAUUAUCUACUGAUGGAAUGAAUCCACAUGGGUUUCAAAGUAACAGUCAUAGUACAUGGCCAGUUAUUUUGGUACAACUUACCUCCAUGGUUAUGUAUGAAGCAAAAAUAUAUGAUGCUAUCUAUUCUAAUUUCGGGGCCAAAACAGCCGGGAAAUGA